AUGCCCACGUCUCCCAAAGAAUUCACACCUGCUGAUUUAGCUGAACUCAAGAAGAUUUUUGAAGCUCUCAACACAAGAUUAGGUGAAUACUGGGCCAACCAUCGCAGGACUAUGAACGCUCCUCACUGGACUCCUCACUGGACUCCUCACUGGACUCCUCACUGGUCUCCUCACUGGUCUCCUCAGUGGACUCCUGGGGGACUGGAGCCCUCCAUGAACUCAUAUCUGAUUCCAAACCUCCACCAAGAUGUGGGAAUGAACACACAGGAGCUGGCUGUGACCGUUCCUAAGCCUGUGCACGUAAAGAAGGGGAUGUUUUCUGAGCUGCACAGUAAUGUUUCAGAAGCUGGCAUCCCGGUCACUGCAACACAUUUUGACCUGCAGCGGGAAAUGCUCUGGAUGGGAAACUACACGGGUCAUGUACAAUCCUUCCUUGGACCUACAAUGGCACACUACUCUUCUUUCCAAGUGCACGCAACUGAUGCCAUCAGACACAUGCAGAGUUUGGACACAGGCGUGCUCUUCCUUUCUAAAUGCAACCUCAGAUGUUACACUUGUGGAGGCCUGGUCAUGUCUGAUUAUUGGAUGGAAGAAGGAGCUGAUAUGCACAGUCUCCUCAUGACUGAUAACAUGCUGCUCAUGGGGGAAUUACAAAACUAUGUGGCUGAAGUUGACUUGAAUACACUUCAAGAAACUCAAAAAGUGACCCUUCGAGACUUGCAUACAUUUAGGACACAAAACUUUGAUGCAUUUCCUGGCGGCCUGUCAGACUUUGAUGUUCACGGAAACCUCUUGGCUGUGAGUGGGUUCUCCAGCCGAGGGCCGAAUGAACGUUUCCUCAUGGUGUAUGACCUCCGCAGGAUGCGAGCUGCAACCCCCCUUUGGGUGCAUGUGGAUCCCUUCUUCGUGCGCUUCAUUCCUACCUACACGUCACGGCUCGCAAUCAUCUCACAGACAGGUAUGAAGCUGGCCUGGAAUCAUAACCUGUGGCCCUGCUCUCCCAUCCCCACUGUCCAGGCUACACCCAGCUCAAGAUGGGCUCCUGGGAUGGAGCCAGAAAUCCCACAAACUAUUGAAACAGUUGGCUUCAACAGUUAUGUGGAAAAUCCUUACGCCUGCCCCUUUAACCAGGUCCCUGCCAAUGAAGAAGGGACACCUGGUCAUGGUUAUUACAACCACGUCCCUGAAUCUCCAACACAGAGUGAUGAAGAGCCGCUCCUUCACACUGUUCCAGAAAAGUACAGAAAGGUGACAAUUAAAUACUCUAAAUGUGGACGGGAAGAUUUUGACUUCAAACAUUACAACAGGACGUUGUUUGCUGGCCUGGAGCCGCAGAUUCCCAACGCCUACUGUAACUGCAUGAUCCAGGUGUUAUACUUCAUGGAGCCAGUUCGCUGCCUUGUUCAGAAUCAUUCGUGCCACAAGGAGUUUUGUUUAGCUUGUGAACUCGGCUUCCUCUUCCACAUGUUGGAUUUGUCACAAGGAGAUCCAUGUCAGGCCAGCAACUUCCUCAGAGCACUUCGAAACAUCCCUGAAGCCAAAGAGAUGGGCCUGAUCCUCUCAAACUGUGAGGAGACAACGGGAACAGUCGAGCUAGGUCGCUUAAUCCAGAGAUGGAAUCACUUCAUGCUCUACCAGCUCUUCCAGGAGACACAGGAGCAGGAGGAUCCACGGGCCUACAGGACACCCAGGAGCAGUUCUCUGGGCUCCUCUGGCGACUCUGUCAUUAGAGAGCUGUUUUGUUCUGAAGUUGAGAACCGCAGCCUGUGUCUCUGUGGCAUAGAAACAGUCCACUCCUCCCUCAUGUUGCUGUUCAACAUGCAUUACCCCGACUCUCAAGGAAAAAGAAUGAAGGAGCAUGACUUUGCUGAGAUCCUGAAGAAAAGCAUCUGCCUGCAGCAGAGAUCUCACACAUGGUGUGAAAACUGUGACAAGUAUCACCUCACAGUGCAGACACGCAACAUUCGACGUCUCCCAGAUGUUUUGGUGAUAAACUGUGAGGUGAACAGCAGCAAAGAGGCCGAAUUCUGGAAGGUUCAGGCCGAGUAUGCCUUCAACAAAUCCAUGCAGAAGACAGAUCAGGAUCAGCGUCACGUGUGGAUCCCCGCCACUCUCAAGAUGUCCCUCAGCAAAAGUCAGAGACUGGAGAUCAGCAGCUGGCCUGAGGGCGAGGAGUUAAGUGCUGCUGAAGAGGCGGAGGGAGCUUCUCUGUAUGACUUGGUGGUCACGGUGCCACACAUCCUGGACUCUGGUCUGGUCGCACACAUCAAAGUGGGUGAGACCUACCAUCAAAGAAAAGAGGGAGUCUCUCGCCAGCAGUGGUACCUCUUCAAUGACUUCCUCAUUGAGUCGAUUGAGAAGAGUGAGGCUGCACAGUUUGAUGUGAGCUGGAAAGUGCCAGCCAUCCUGUGUUACGCCAAGAGAAACUACCACACCAAAUACGACCUCCGCAGUGAGUGUCAGCACAAUCAGUCUGAAGUCAAAUCCGACUUAUAUCGGACUCAGAAGCAGAGGAAGACAGACGCCACUUUCAUCCCACUGACAGUCAGUGAGAUGCCGCGGGCUGGUGACCUGGUGGGGCUGGACGCUGAGUUUGUAAAGCUCAGUGAGGAGGAAGCAGUGCUGCACAGCGACGGCACCAAAUCGACCAUUACGCCCAGUCAGAUGUCUGUGGCCAGGAUCACCUGUGUGAGGGGUCAGGGACCCAACGAGGGGGUCCCCUUCAUCGAUGACUACAUCUCCACUCAGGAGCAGGUGGUCGACUAUUUGACAAAAUACUCUGGAAUCGAACCUGGAGACCUGGAUGCCACAGUAUCCUCUAAGCACGUGACCACGCUGAAGUCGACCUACCUGAAGCUACGCUUCCUCAUCGACUCAGGAGUUUGCUUCGUCGGCCACGGCCUGCAGAAAGACUUUCGUGUCAUUAAUUUAGUGGUUCCCAAAGAUCAAGUUAUCGACACUGUCCACCUCUUCCGAUUGCCCUACAAGAGGAUGAUUUCUCUGAAAUUCCUUGCUUGGUAUUUUCUUGGCCUCAACAUCCAGGGAGAAACCCACGACAGCACGGAGGACUCAUGCACGGCCCUGAAGCUUUACAGGAAGUACCUGGAGCUGUAUCAGGAAGGAGGGAAUCAUUACGUGACGAAGGUGCUCUACGAAGUCUACGACAAAGGCUUCCAGCUGAACUGGAAAGUCCCGGAUUUGGAUGCGAGAUAGGCCGUCUGAGUGGACUGAAUGCACUCUCCUUCCAUCCACAGGUGCUGCUGUGCUUCCCUCUGGGACUGUGAGCAACACCAUGACCUGAAGAUGCUCGGGCUGCUUAUUCUGUAUCAUAUUUUAUAGUUAUUUGCUUUGAGUCAGUGACUCAGUUGUUUUUAUCAUAUCUAAAUGUAAGCUUUUUAUUUCAGAGAGGUUUACAGGGGAGGAAAGUGAUCAUUCAAAAUGUGAAUUUGAAGCAUUCUUUUUUUUUUUAAAGAAAAAGACAAAAUUGUUGCAUGUAAAUGAAGUCAUCCUGAGCACUGUAAAAUGUUUGUUGUUUGAUACCAGGAAGUGGAGAAUGUGUAUGAAUCCAUGAAAAUCUUGAUUAAAACAGAUUCCAACCACAAUGAAUUUAGUUUGUUUUUUUCACCAGCUUCUGUGAAAUCUGUUGCACUGUUCAUUUUCCAGCUGGC